CGCCCCCACCAAAAAUAAAAAACCCAAAACCCCGUAACCACAAAAAUGCAAUUCAAAAACCCUAAAACCCCAAAAAAAUCCCCAAUCUAAAACCCUACCGAAAUGAUCAUCAUCACUCAACACCACCAUGAUUAAUCACCCCCAUCAUCACCCCUCCACGGCUCCGCCACUCCGCUCCCACUUCUCCCUGGGCCCACUCGAUCACGACCCCACCGCCCAAUUGAUCGCCAGAGUUCGCCUCUCCGAUAUUCUCGCUUACGACGGUGUUGCCACUUCUUCGUAUUCGAAAGCGGUGCAGAGGCUUUCCGAGUCUCUUACGAGGCGUAAUGCUGCGAUAAUUGAGCUCAACUGUGAGGAUGCUGCUGUGGUGAGGUGCGGCUUGGAAGCUUCUAGGUUGUUCUUUAGAACCAGGUCCCGGAAUGGUGGUGGGGGGAGUGGUGUUUAUGUUUAUCGAGCCGGAAGGGCAUUGGAAGAUACAGAUUCAUCUCCCCCAUGCAUGGCAGAUGUUUUUAAAUGCAUGGGAAAGGCUGCCCGUGCUGCCUUAAGUGCAGUCGCCAGACAUCUUCGUCUACGAAGCGAUGUAUUUAACUAUUUACUUGAUGACAACCCAUUGCCUGCUAAUGAGGCAUCUUCAUCGGUUCUUGUAGCAACCUACUCUCAUGCAGCUUUACAAAAUGGAAAAGGAGUUAUUACAGGAGGGAUGUUAACAUCAAAUGUUGAAACUGAGAAGGGCUUGUUAACAUUGAUAGCGGCAGAUGCUCCUGGUAUUCAGGUUUGUGACCCUAAUGGUCAGUGGUACCUAGCAGAUGAUGGUUCAUCUCCAGGGGACCUGUUACUACUCUCAGGUAGAUCAUUAAGCCACGCUACUGCUGGUCUUCGCCCUGUUACUUCAUAUAGAGCAGCAACUGAUAGCACUCUCAUCGCUAAUAGUGGUGGAAGUAGGACAUCUUUGGCAUUCAGGCUGAUGCCGCAAAGUAAUGCCAUAUUAGAUUGCUCGCCUGUUUCUGCAGCUGGUCAUGUCAUCCCCCAGAGCUAUGUACCAAUAUCUGUAAGUCAGUUUAUGGAUGACCUUUCUGCUGAGGAGAAUGUUCCAUGCCAUCGCACUGAUAAUGCUAAUCAGGUGGCAUCAAAUAAUCUAAACAAGGAGCCAUCAUUAAGAAGCAUACUGUCGGAUCCUUUAUCGGGUGCAUUUCUUGAAGAUGCCAUGUUUGUUUCAUGUGGACAUUCAUUUGGUGGUAUGAUGCUAAGAAAGGUCAUUGAAAUAUCAAAAUGUGCUCUCUGCAAUGCAGAUAUUGAUUCUGGUUCUUUGAUUCCCAACCAUGCUUUAAGAGCUGCGGCUACUGCUGUAAAGUAUGAGGAUGACAAAAGGCUCUUCCAUAAUUCAACUCUACGGAAGCGUAGAAAAGAAGUGGGUAACCACAGGGAAAAUGGGGAUGUUGCUGCCGAUUAUGGGGUACAGAGAGUGAUACAGUAUCCCUUUGCAGUUAAUGAGAAGGUGGUUAUAAAGGGAAAUAGGAGGACGCCAGAUAAGUUCGUUGGAAAAGAAGCUAUUAUCACAUCACAGUGCCUCAAUGGCUGGUACUUGCUUAAGAUCAUUGAAAGCGGAGAAAAUGUCCGACUACAAUACCGUUCUCUCCGUAAACCGAUAAUAUCACAAUCAUCAGAGGAUAGAUGCCCAUCACAACCAGUACAGAACAGCGGGUGAUAGAUGUAAUAGGUAUUUUCAGGCUAACUCCAUGACUUGGAUAGAAUCUCACUUUAUGUUGCUAUAUGUGAUAUAUGUAAGAUCUUGUUAGUUGUCUAUUAGUAGAGUAUGUUUGUGUAGCCAUGGUGAUUUACACUCGCCACAGUAUUCUCGGGGUUGGUGUCAUUUGUAAAGACGAGACGCUAAUUCAGUUAUUACACACCUUAGUGCAA